AUGUCUUACUGCCAGCAGUGCAAGCAGCCCUGCCUGCCCCCUCCCAUCUGCCUGCAGAAGUGCUCCAAGUGCGUGGAGCCCUGCAAGACGGUGUGUGUGGAGUCCUGCAGCAGCGUCUGCCCCACGCAGUGCGUGGACGUCUGCCCGGCACCCUGUGCCCCCCAGUGCACCACCACCUGCACCACCCAGUGCGUGGAGCAGCCCUGUGCCACCCAGUGCACCACCACCUGCACCACCCAGUGCGCGGAGCCCUGCGGCGUCCAGUGCGUGGACGUGUGUCCUCCCCAGUGCGUCGACGUCUGCGCCAAGCCCUGUGACACCCAGUGCUGCGCCCCGUGCGUGGAGCCCUGUGCCACCCAGUGCUGCACCACCAAGUGUGUGGAGCCCUGCCAGGCGUCCUGUGUGGAGGUUUGCACCACCAAGUGCGUGGAGCCCUGCGAGACGGUGUGCCUGGAGCCUGUGUGCUCUCACCCGUGCUGA